AAACAGAUCCCAGGCAGCUGCCCAGCUUUCCCUCGACCACCGGUCAAAUUUGUUACAGCCAGAUAGCGCCACUGACCAAAGGGACAUUCACGUGGCAAUGCCCCGCCCCGAUCGUUGGGAGGUUUGUACGUCUUAUCAUGUGAGUACAUUAAAUGGUUUCAUUUUUAUUGUUGAAAAAAAUGUCAAGCUGACCUGUUUACCCCUAUGUUUUCGCCGUAGAAACUCCGUUUUAAAGCCUAAGAAUACGGCAUUACUACUACGGCAUUGUGAGACCACCAGAUUUUGAGCCCACCAGAUUGUGAGACCACCAGAUUGUGAGACCACCAGAUUUUGAGCCCACCAGAUUGUGAGACCACCAGAUAGUUUGACAACCAGAUUGUGAAAUCACCAGUUUGUGAGAUUACCAGACGUUGAGACCACCAGAUUUUGAGCCCACCAGAUUGUGAGACCACCAGAUAGUUUGACAACCAGAUUGUGAAAUCACCAGUUUGUGAGAUUACCAGACGUUGAGACCACCAGAUUUUGAGGCCACCAGAUUGUGAAUUCACCAAAUUGUGAGACAACCAGAUUGUGAGUUCACCAGAUUGUGAGACCACCAGAUUGUGAGUUCACUAGAUUGUGAGUCCACCAGAUGUUGAAACGACCAGAUUGUGAGACCACAAGUUUGUGAGACCACCAGAUUGUGAGACCACAAGUUUGUGAGACCACCAGAUUGUGAGACCACAAGAUUGUGAGUUCACCAGAUGUUGAAACCACCAGAUUGUGUGACCACCAGAUUGUGAGGCCACCAGAUUGUGAAGCCUGUAGUUUUAUGAUAUCCCCAGUGUCAUCGGAUGUCUCUCUCCUUGGAAAAUUAAACUCAUUGAUUAAUGUCAGCUACCCUUCUUAAAAUUUACUUUAAUCCCUCCACACCUGUUCUUUCUCUUGUUCUUUGUCUUAUCCAACUUCCGGCAGUAACAUUAAUGGCGUACACUUAAGUUUUUUAACUUCUUUCUAUUUCUUGUUAUUUUUUUUUCAUUUGUCCUGUCUGCCGAGGAAGGCUCUUGAGCGAAACGUUAUUCUCUUAUUUUCACGUGUUUCUGUUUCAAGCUUCCACGUACCUUGUUAAUGUAUUAUGUCUGAUCCUCAAAUGGGCUCGUUGACUCGCAUGUCUUAACAUGUGUCCGCGCAUUUGCCGCAGAAAGGUCUUCUCAUAUUUAACUUCGUCAACAGUUUAUCAAGAGAUAAGAUCCUCUUUUACAUACAUUGCUAUGUGCAUCAGACUUAUGUAACGGCAGAUGAAGUGGACGGACACAAACUAUUUGUGUCAAUAAAACAAUAUAUGUUCAACGUUGAUGAAAUAACGUUAAGGCGAAAAAAAAAACGUGAUCACGUCACACCACUACUUCCUUCACUCCAUUGUCUCCCUGUACAAGCACGGAUUGACUACAAACUCUCUGUUCUCUUCCACAACUUUUUCUCGAACUCCUUCCCUUCCUAUCUAACCGAACUUCUCUCUGUCUAUUCACGCCUUCGACAGCUUCGCUCCUCCGCAGACACGCGUAUUCUUUCCGUCCCCAAGACUCGAACAAAAACAUACGGUGAACGAUGGUUCUCUUUCCGUGCCCUCAAACAAUGGAAUUCUCUUCCAUUACACAUCCGCAAUAUACCGACCAUCACAGCCUUCAAAACUGCACUCAAAGCACACCUCUUUAAACUCUACUAUCCUGACUAAUCCCCACCUCUGACUGAAAAACGAUGCCGUUGGGUGUCGUCCAUGGUUAGACAUGUAAAUAGUUUUAGAUAUCAAUUUGUUUGUUUAAUUUAAUUAAUGUAUAUAUGUUAAUUAAUUUUGUAGGUUUUGGAUUAUGUUUGUUCAAUUGUAUGUACAGCGUGGUGAGCUGUAUAAAAGCUCUUAUAAUAAUAAUAAUAAUGAUAAUGAUUUUACCAAAUACAAAUUAAAUGUAAACGUUACGGCAAUGCCUUCAUCAGUGGAAAAAAAAUAUUUAAAAAAAACGCCAUUAAAAUGAGUAUAAUUAAAUUAACAUCAUAAUAUAGAUACAUGUAUCCUAAAAUUAGAAAAGAUUAAGAGUGGGCGCAAAACCCAGACAAAAACAAAGUUAAGAACGGAAAAGAAACAAGUGCAAGUGAAGUUUAAAACCCCAAAGAGGAAAAAGGCAGAACAGCUACGUACAAUUCCGGAUUAGGUUAAUGCAACGGAAGCACGAUUAGCGCUCCAACAUGUUGUUGGUAGUAUUUCCACUGAACCCCCAAGAUGUUGUUGGUAGUAUUUCCACUGAACCCCCAACAUGUUGUUGGUAGUAUUUCCACUGAACCCCCAACAUGUUGUUGGUAGUAUUUCCACUGAACGCCCAAGAUGUUGUUGGUAGUAUUUCCACUGAACCCCCAAGAUGUUGUUGGUAGUAUUUCCACUGCACCCCCAAGAUGUUGUUGGUAGUAUUUCCACUGAACCCCCAACAUGUUGUUGGUAGUAUUUCCACUGAACCCCCAACAUGUUGUUGGUAGUAUUUCCACUGAACCCCCAAGAUGUUGUUGGUAGUAUUUCCACUGAACCCCCAACAUGUUGUUGGUAGUAUUUCCACUGAACCCCCAACAUGUUGUUGGUAGUAUUUCCACUGAACGCCCAAGAUGUUGUUGGUAGUAUUUCCACUGAACCCCCAAGAUGUUGUUGGUAGUAUUUCCACUGCACCCCCAAGAUGUUGUUGGUAGUAUUUCCACUGAACCCCCAACAUGUUGUUGGUAGUAUUUCCACUGAACCCCCAACAUGUUGUUGGUAGUAUUUCCACUGAACCCCCAAGAUGUUGUUGGUAGUAUUUCCACUGAACCCCCAACAUGUUGUUGGUAGUAUUUCCACUGAACCCCCAACAUGUUGUUGGUAGUAUUUCCACUGAACCCCCAACAUGUUGUUGGUAGUAUUUCCACUGAACCCCCAACAUGUUGUUGGUAGUAUUUCCACUGAACCCCCAAGAUGUUAUUGGUAGUAUUUCCACUGAACCCCCAACAUGUUGUUGGUAGUAUUUCCACUGAACCCCCAACAUGUUGUUGGUAGUAUUUCCACUGAACCCCCAAGAUGUUAUUGGUAGUAUUUCCACUGAACCCCCAACAUGUUGUUGGUAGUAUUUCCACUGAACCCCCAACAUGUUGUUGGUAGUAUUUCCACUGAACCCCCAAGAUGUUAUUGGUAGUAUUUCCACUGAACCCCCAAGAUGUUAUUGGUAGUAUUUCCACUGAACCCCCAGCAUGUUGUUGGUAGUAUUUCCACUGAACCUCCAGGAUGUUGGUAGUUUCUGCUAUUGUUAGAUGGCAAUUAUUUAAGUUCUGAGAAUACAAAACAUUAAAUAUGUUAAACCAAACAUUUCAAACUGAUGACUUAGCAACCAAAACUCAUUGGAAAGUUGUCGUCUUGCAACAUAUUCAAUUCAGUCCUAAAACUGACGAAUAUUUUAUUCAUUCUAUAGAAACGUAUUUAAUGUUCGACUCUUAUUAACAUGCAGUGGCGUAGCUGCGGGGGUGCGGACCGCACCGGGUGUCACCAUUUCAGGGGAUGAUACCCAUUUGAAAAAUUGCAUAUUUACAGAUCACACGCUGCUCUGUCCAACCGAUUUUCAUAAAAGGAUAACCAAUCACGCAGAAAUUUUCCACACAUAUAACCAAUGCCAAUGCGUGCUUUAUUGAAAGUUAAAUGUUAAUGCGUCAGAAAUGAGGUGACUCUAUAAUCAGGUCAGAAAAACACCGUUUAAAAAUGACUUUUUAUCCAUUUAUAGGGUUAACCAGUGACGUAGCUAGGGGAGUGCGGGGGGGAGUGCAGACCACAAUGGGUGACACCAUUUCAGGGGGUGACACCAAAUUGAAAAAAAUGCAUAUUUACAGAGCACACACUGCUCGGUAUGACGGAAUUUCAUAAAAGGCCAAACGAUCACACGAAAUUUUCCAAACAUAUAACUAGUGCCAAUGAUGCGUCAGAAACACCUUUUUGACCAUUAUUCAACGCCGAUUGAAGUGUUCGGUAAUAUUCAUAAAUGACAGAAAGCAAUAUUUAUCUAAAUUCUGAGAAAUAAAACUUUCCACUGAAACCAAAUAUGAUAUGGUCGGACGAUUCUAAGUAAAUGAAUCUAAUCGGUAAAAUUAGAAACAUUAAAAAUGAAUUUUUACCCAUUUUUAGGGUUAACAAAAUAAUAUUUUAGAAAAUUUUCUUAUAAUUUUUAAUAACUAAUUUAAAUUUAUUUAAAUUUAAAAAAAAAAAAAUAUUUUUGAAACCAAAUCUAUCGAAACCCUUACAUAUUCAAAAAUUAAUAUUUUCGCUGAUUCGUCACUAGCACCACAUCUUAACAUUAGAGCACAAUAAUGCUAGACAGCACAAUGUCUUUUACAUGCUGUCUGUGAUUUCACGUUUACCUGUCACCUUUACCUGUGGGAUAAUCUACUUGAGGAAGUAAAUUUUACACAUAAGUAUCUGCAGACUAAAGGCUUUACUCUCGACAAAGUGGUGACAACCCUAUAGGUCUUAAUAUUGUUUUUACACGAGCAGCGCUUUCACUUUGUGGAACAUGCUAUUGAAAAUGUAGUUUUAAAAUCAGACCCAUAUGAAAUUUCAGUUGAGAGAACACAAAGGUUUAAGAAGAGAAUGAAAGGAGAACAAUUAAUAGAUGCUGAAAUCUUUCUGCGAGAAGAAAAGAGAAUGGAGAUACGGUUGUGCAUUGCUCGCUUUCAUUCUGAGUUCCAGAUAAAAUCAUCAGUGAUCAAGGAAGCAGCAGAUACGUUUUGGGCUGUUCAACGCACGAGUCUAUAAUCAUCAAGUGAACAAGAGUUAUUGGUGUCCGUUUGAGUUAUCAGAGGAUGAACUUUUAAAAGAAAUACCAAGCUUUAGAAGACACCAAAAGGCAACUGAUAUUGAAUUUCAAAAAGUCAUGAACUGGUCAGUAUUUGAUGUUUUGAAAUUCAUAGCUGAAUGGGACUUCCUAGAAUUUCUUCCAGUACUCUCGCUAACUGCUAAGCCUUCAAUUGUCUUACGAUCUGUGUGUCCUUGGCUUCAUGUGAGCGGAGUUUUUCAAAACUAAGGCUUAUCAGACCUAUUUACGAUCCACUAUGGUAUAAUCAAGGCUUCCUGAUCUGGCUCUACUAUCAGUUGAAAGUAGAAAGUGACAAGGGGACAGAUAUUGAAUUUGAUCAAGUGAUUGACAGAUUUUCAACUUUGAAGACCAGGAAAGGAAAAAUUUUAAUAAAGUAAAUUUAAUGUAAAAAUAAAUAUAACUUAACCUUGUUACCUUUACUUCUUCUAUAUUUUGAGGACCCAAGAUCAAUGUAUUGAUCUUUCUGGCUCCAAUAAAUUUUUAAAUACAGUUCUUAAAUACAUUUACCUCCUGACCUUUAAUUAAUUUGUUUUUCUUCUUGCAUUGUUAUACUGUGGACUAAUUUUAACAAUAAUAAAUUCAUCUUGGAAGUCGGGGGAGGGGGGGGGUGAAAUGACACCAUGAGUUUACCGCACCGGGUGAUACCAUGAGUUUACCGCACCGGGUGACACCAUGGGUUUACCGCACCGGGUGACACCAUGAGUUUACCGCACCGGGUGACACCAUGAGUUUACCGCACCGGGUGACACCAUGAGUUUACCGCACCGGGUGACACCAUGAGUUUACCGCACCGGGUGACACCGACCCUAGCUACACGGGUGACACCAUGAGUUUACCGCACCGGGUGACACCAUGAGUUUACCGCACCGGGUGACACCAUGAGUUUACCGCACCGGGUGACACCAUGAGUUUACCGCACCGGGUGACACCGACCCUAGCUACGCCACUGUUAACAUGUUUUUAUUUUUUUAAAAUAGUUCGUUUCCAAAAUAAAAACAAAAAAACAAAACAACAGCUACCGUUUGUGUGUGAUCAAACAUAGGAUCAUUACUCACAAUUUAAGAACCUCUGAUACUAAGAGUUUGCGGGGGAAAAAGGGGGGUGGGGGAGGAAUUAUUAAUUCUGAUUUUGUAUUUUCAUCCCCAGGAUGGAGCAGGAAUACCUUCACAUCUGUGAGAUGGAAGUUUACGUAAGCGCGGCCUACUACAAGGAAUCACUUUUUCUCAAGAGAGACAGCUGGAUGUUGAGCAUGGCACCAGUCAUGACGCUCAAUGUGCCUGACGUCAUGGCGUGCUCCCAGCUGUGCCUCUUGCAAAGGGAGAAUGACAUCAAGUGUACCGCAUUCAACUGGCUCGCCGGGAUGGGGCAGUGUCAGUUGUUUCACGUGGACCCCAACAAUGCCACAGUUUUGUCGUCUCUUGUUGUCCACGCCGGCUGCAGUUUUGUCAUGGAUAAAAAUUAAAAUGUUCACACGUUUUUUUAAAAUCGAAACACACAUGAUGACUCAAUUAGUCUCUUAACAUUUAAAAAAAAAAUUAAGUUUUAAUUUCAAGAUCACUUAUUUCCUUAACAUUUGAUCUUGAAAAAGAUAACAGUUCAACACAGCAACACUGUGCCACUUAAUCAAUGAGGCUAGCGGCCUUCCAAUACUGCAUCUCUGUCGACGCUUCUCUCUUUAU